AUGGGAAUUUGUGGAGGUACUAAAAAAUAACCUGAAGAUUAGAUUCAUAAAUUGAAUCAACCAAUCAUAACUAGUGGAGAAUUGUCGAUAAAAGUGCUAUUGAAGAAUAUCAAGUUAAAGAUGCCAGAUAUAUUAUAAUGUUCUAUAGAAUUCGAUUUAGGAAAAUGUAAGUAUACAUCUCCUGUGCAUGUUAAUAAUGAAGGAGAACAUUAUGUAAUUAUUAUUUGAUAGAAGUAAUUAAGUGGCGAGCAAGUUUUGAUGGCUUACUUAAAAUGACUGAAUAAUAGAUGAGAGAAACAAAUAUUAAGAUUUUUGUAUUAACGUCGACAGUGAUUGGACAAGCUUAAAUCAAUUUGUUUGAAGCUGCAGUAGGACCUUUCCAUUUUGAAUUACCAAUAAGAGGCUAAAAUAAUGGAAAUGUGAGUUUCGAUUUGAAAAUGAAUCAAAUUGUUCAAGCAACCCUAUAGAGCAAAUACAUAAUUUGGGAAUUGAAUUAGAGUUUGAGUGAGGUUAGAUACAAUUACAAUUUGCGUUUGGUGGUUCUAAUAAAUGUCUAUUAACAAGACCUCCCAAUUGUCGUUCAUUUCUGAGCAUUCAUCUACCUUUACUAAUCCAAACUAUAGAAAAUAGAAUGAAAGAAAGAAUACACAAUUUUAAUCUAGUCGAAAGAGCAUCUUAGACCAAGAUAGUAUAAAAGAUAGUGUGCCUUCAUUAUCAAGACUCCCUUCAUUAAAUAGUCCUCCUAAUCCACCUUAUGAUUCUAUGGCUGCAACACCUACUCGUAAAGUAUUUAAAUAAAUAAUAUAAUAGGUGAAUCAUAGAAUUGAAUGGGAAAAUAUAAAUGAUGAUCUGACAUUGAUAGUAGAAUUACCAAUUUAAGAAUUUUAAGGUUCAGCAAUAUAAUUGUGUUUAUGGUCUAUUUCUUCAAAUAAAAAGAGUUUGGAGAAUAUUAAGUCUCCUCAAAAAACUAUAAUAAAGAAAACAAAAAAUCAACAUGAUUCUGAAUAUAUGGAUUUAGAAAUAUAAGAUCAUCAUUUAGUAGCUGAAACUUAUAUUAAUUUAUCAAAUAUGGAAACAAGUGUAUCAGCAGAAUUAGGAGCCAAAUUUUUAAUGAUUAAGAGUUAUUAACCUAAAUCUCUUUGGUAUCAUGGCGUUGAAGUAGGUAAAAUUGAUUAUGAAAUGAGUGUUAGAAUCCCAAAUCAUCUCUAAUAAUCUUCAUUUGGGGUUUAAACAGAAAAAGGAAUUGUUUCCUCUAUUUCUGUAGUUGGAAAUGUAGAAAAUAUUAGUGUGACAGAAAUUAAAAUGAUAUAAAUGGAAUUUUAAAAGUUAUCUAGUAGUAUUUUUAAGAUUGAACAUAAAACUCUCAAUAUUGAUGAAAAAUUAAAAGUUAGACAAGAGAUGGAUUAACAUUUAAAUCGUUUAGCAUAAUUUCUUUGUCAAUCUCAUGGAAGUGCUAUCAAAACCUUCUAAUAUAAAUCAGAAGAUGAUUUAAUGAAGGCAUAAUAAUUACUCAUUUAAAUAUCUAUUCAUUUAGUUGAUUAUUCUAAAACAUUAUCUACUUUUAGUUCUUAUUAUGAAUGUCUCAAUCAAGUGUUAAGUCGUGGUGAAUUAAUGCUUUAAUAACUUGGAUUUUUUAAAGCUCUUAAUAAAAAACAAUCUCAUUAGAAAAUUGAAGUAUGUUUAAAUUAUUAAACAUUUUUAAUCAAUACAUUACGUUAUACAUUAUCUAAAUUAAAUUAAAAAGAUCCUUCAUAUGAAGCUAGAAAACUCUAUAUAAAAUUUUUAGUCAUAUGUUAUUUUAGAAUACCAGAAUUUAGAGCCAAAUUCUUAGAACUUAUUAAUAAACCUGAUGAUCCUCAAUUAUCUGAAUUAAGAGGAACAGAAUUCAUACAAGAUGAUGAUCCAACAAAUAUAGAUAAAAGUACUAAGAAUAAUAUAUCAAUAUUUGAUUGGUAGAAUUAUUUUCAUACUUAUUUAAAUGAUAAAACCUAAGGAAUUCAAAAUUAAUCAGCUCUCAAUUAAAUAUUAGAUGAUGAAAGUUGGAAAGAAAACAUAAGACAUAGAUCUAUUAAUUUUAGUUUUUUUGUUGAAGAAUGGGCUAUUUAUGUAAGAAAUAUUUUACAAGUUAAAAUAUUGCCUUGGCAAGAUAUACCAGGUUAUAGAAUUUUAGUUAAAGCAUUUAUGUGUGAAUUAAAAUAAUAGGAUUCAGUACCAGAUGCCAUGAAAAUAGCUUUGAGAAGUCUGAUGCAGAAUGUUAAUCUUUUGGGAAUUAUAGUUAGUUUAUAAUUUAAUAAGACUAAGUAAAUAGAUUAAAAUUUAUUUUAGUUUAUAUAAUACAGAAUAAGUAAUAGAAACCUUUGAAAUUUUGGAUAUUUGUUUUUCUACCUUAUCAACUAUGCCACCUUACUUUGAUUAUCCAUUUCUAUUGAAAGGAAUUAAAUAAAUUAUAAUAGAUUCUGAACAUGCUAUUUGCAUUGCUAAAUGUAUGUGGUUCAUCUAUAAUAUCUAUCCAUUACUUUCAAGUAAAUAUAGGUUUUUUAUAAAUCAGUGGACUUUAAAAAAGAUUUGUGUGAAUUCAUUUUUGAGAAAGCUGUAUUUAAAUUAUUUCUUCAUUGGAGUAAGACUGUUAGAAUGAUGUUUCAUUAUUUUCUACUAUACAGAGUUUCACAUUAACAUAAGAAUCCAAAAGUUGGAGGAUUAGAUGAGGAGUAGAUUUAUAAUGUAAAUAAAAUAGGUAAAUUAUUUAAUAAUACACGUUAAUCAAUAGACCAAAAAAGAAUCAAAGUUAUUUUGAAAAUAGAUAACCAUAAUAACAAUUAAUAGUAAUUUAAUAGUAUUUAUAAAAUAGUCUGAUUAUAUAUAUAUGAAAUACUUGAGAUUCUUAAGUAAAGUUGAAUAAGCUAAAAUAAAUGAAGGAUAACGAGAUUAUUAAUAAGAUUAUUAGAGUUAUUAUUAGAAAAUGGUAGCUAAGAAGUUGAAAUAUGAAUAAGAAUAAAAAUUAUUAUAAAUAACAGAACCAAAAAUGGAAAUUUUAAAAUUUGAAAGACUACAAUCUGAACAUGAUGAAUAAACUUAAAAGUAAAAUUAAUUGAAACCAGUUAUAGUUCCAAGAACAGUAAUGCAUAAGAAAUUAAGUUGUAAGAACAUUAUACUCAUUUUUAGUUAAACAUGAUAUUGAAAUAACAGAAAAAUAAUAAUAAUAUGUUUUAUUAUCAAUAAGAGAAUUUGAAGAAUAACUUAAAAAUUAUAAUAAUUGGAGACAAUCUAAUAUCAAAAAAGUUAUGGGUAAAUAUAAUGAUGAAGGUUUAAUAUUUAUUAUAUAAAAGAUAAACAUACCAUACAUUUAACAUUUGAAGUUCCAAAAAUGGAUAUUCUUAAAAGAAUAGAUGAAAAAGAAGGAGCAUGA